UACCAUAAUUGAGUUUUUUCCCCAUUUUUAAUAACUCUAGCAACGGGCACUUGGUUGAGCCGCUAACAUUUUCGCCGGCCGUCUCAAUCUCUCUUGUCGCCGAACUAAACCCAGUAAACGACUCAGGUAAUGCUAUUCUACCAUUUACAUUUUUCUUAUUUGUACUUUCCCUGCCUGUAGUGAAAGAGUUGAAUUGGUUUACUGGGUUUCAUUGGGAGUAAUGAUUGAGUUACUCAGAGACCUGAAUUGAGCAACAUCGAUAUAAUUGACUUGUACUGUUUUGUUAUCAAGCAAAUGACUGCUGUUUUACUUCCUAAACAUGUUGCUGCUGUAUUAAAAUGUCAAAAGAACCCGUUAAGGGCACUAGAAAUAUUCAAUUCAGUGAAAAAGGAACAUGGGUUUAGCCAUAAUUUGUUUACAUACAAAUGUAUUGUUGAAAAGCUUAGUUAUUAUGGAGAGUUCAAUGCAAUGGAAAGUGUCAUUGAAGAAGCCAGGAAAAAUAUUGAUAAUAGGUUGUUAGAAGGGGUGUAUAUUACUGCUAUUAGAGGUUAUGGAAAGAAGGGGAAAGUUCAACAGGCCGUUGAUGUGUUUGAGAAGAUGGAAUUUUUCAAUUGUGACCCGUCUGUUCAUUCGUUUAACACAAUCAUGAAUAUAUUGGUUGAACAUGCUUAUUUUAAACAAGCCCAUAAAGUUUAUAUGAAAAUGCUGGAAAAUGGUAUUUCUCCUGAUGUGUAUACCUUUACUAUUAGGAUAAAGUCAUUUUGUAGGACAAACCGGCCUCAGGUUGCUUUAAGGAUUUUGAAUAACAUGCUUGAUCAAGGAUGUGAAUUUAAUGCGGUUGCCUGCUGUACAGUAAUUGCUGGAUUUUAUGAAGUGAACUGUCGAGUUGAGGCUUGUGAAUUGUUUGAUGAAAUGCUUAGGCUCAGAAUAACUCCUAAUGUUACUACGUUUAAUAAGCUUAUAUGUACACUUUGUAAGAAGGGGGAAGUCCAAGAAACUGAAAGGCUUCUUAACAAGAUUCUGAAAAGAGGGGUGUUUCCAAAUUUGUUUACAUGUAAUCUCUUAAUACUAGGUCUUUCUGUAAACGGCCAGCUACAUGAAGCUGCUAGGGUGUUUGAAGCUUUGAGGAAAGAAGGUUUAAAUGCUGAUGUAGUCACUUAUAACACUCUCAUAUGUGGUUUAUGCAAACACUCAAAGGUUGCUGAAGCUGAGUCUUACUUGCAUAAAAUGGUGAACUGCGGAUUUGAUCCUGAUGCGUUCACCUAUAACACAAUCAUUGGUGCAUAUUGCAAAUCGGGUAUGAUACAGCAAGCGGACAUAAUCCUUAAAAAUGCAGUUUUUAAAGGUUUUGUUCCUGAUGUUUUUACUUUCUGCUCCCUUAUUUACGGAUUAUGCCAGGAUGGUGACUUCAACAGAGCCAAGAGUUUAUUUAAUGAAGCCAUAGGUAAAGGUAUGGAGUCUAAUGUAAUCCUCUAUAAUACCUUAAUUAAGGGAAUGUGUCAGCAGGGACUUAUCUUAGAAGCAUUGAAAUUGAUUACUGAAAUGCAUGAGAAAAGUUGCAGGCCUAAUACAUGGACUUAUAAUCUGAUCAUCAAUGGGUUGUGCAAGAUGGGCUGUGUAUCUGAUGCUAGUAAUAUCCUGAAUGAUGCCGUGACCAAGGGGAUCCUUCCUGAUAUUUUUUCCUUUAACACCUUGAUUGAUGGCUAUUGCAAACAGUCAAAAUUGGCUGAUGCAAUCGAGAUUCUAAAUACAAUGUGGGAUCAUGAUGUUGUUCCAGAUGUGAUAACCUAUAACACAAUAUUGAAUGGACUUUGCAAGCUUAAAACUUCUGAUGAUGUGAUGGAAACCUUCAAAGUCAUGGUGGAAAAAGGGUGCGUCCCAAAUAUAAUCACAUAUAAUAUACUCAUUGAAAGCCUCUGUAAAUCUAGAAAGCUUAUGAAAGCUUUAGAAUUACUUGAGGAUAUUCAAAACAGGGGUCUUAUUCCUGAUACAGUGAGUUGUGGCACUCUGAUAAAUGGGUUUUGUGAGAAUGAGGAUUUGAAUGGAGCUUAUGAGCUAUUCAGAAGAAUGAGAAGGCAAUAUAAGUAUUCUCAUACUACUGCAACAUACAAUAUAAUGAUCAGUGCAUUUUCUAAAAAGCUGAAAAUGGACAUGGCAGAGAAGCUUUUUCUUGAGAUGAAUGAAUGUGGCUGUCCUCCUGACAGCUACACAUACCGUUGUAUGAUAGAUGGUUUCUGCAAGGUCGACAAUGCUGAAUUUGGAUACAAGUUUUUGCUUGAAAACUUUUCGAAAGAACUUCUUCCAUCAAAAGAAACAGCGGGACAAGUGAUCAAUUGCCUAUGUGUGAAGAACAGGUUACUCGAUGCAGUUGGUAUCAUUCAUCUCAUGGUGCAGAAAGGUGUUGUCCCUCAUGUGGUUCACACAAUUUUUGAAGUAGAUAAAAAGGAGGUGGCGGCUCCUAAGAUUGUUGUGGAAGACUUGCUGAAGAAGAAUCAUAUCACCUAUUAUGCCUAUGAGCUUUUAUACGAUGUGAUAAGAGACAAAAAGAUUUUGAAGAGAUUAUCAAUGAAGAGAAAACUUGCAACAAUAUCUUGUUCAUGGAAACAUUCUACCUCCAGUCACUUGAGCAUUGAUACGAAUCAAACUAAGGUAAUAUUGAGCCACAAUUUGUGUGAAGGGAAAUAAUUAGCAAUACAUGAUUGAAACUUUGGUGUUUCCAAGUCACGUCACUACAGCAAUGUAGUUGCGGCGUCAUGAACAAGCCAUUGGUGCAAAACAGUGGCAUAAAUCAGUGACAGUGGCUGAAAGCAUUGGACUCCGAAGAGAGGGUGGGUUUAGUCGCAAUGUUUCAUGGCUAAUUCAAUUAAGUUGAUUUAAUUCUCAAUCGUUCAGUGAUGUUUCCCAAGUCACUCCAAGGGGCGUCUCUUGGAUGCAGCUCUCAUCACUCAUAGGAUCAGUUAAUUCAACAACAUGAUUCUUUCUUCCUCAGCAUCCAAAAAUGUAAAACUCAUAAAGAACCUUCUGUUCGCAAUGUAAGCUGAUAAAAGAGGGAAAUUCAAGCCUGUUUCUUAUAUAGAUUUGUAUAAAAUUUUGGUAAAAUAUUAAUUUUCUUUUAUCUGUAAAGAAGAUUGAUGAUUUUAGAACAAUAUCAAAGUCAUUUCUAUAAUUAGAUAUUGUAGAGAAUCUCA